GCGGGCAGUGCCUGGCGUGCUUAGGCAGCUCCGAGCCCCCUGUCCCGCGGCUCUCUCAGUGGCCAUGCGGCUCCUCACCGAUGCGUGCGGCACGUUGCAGGCAGCAGCGCUGCUGCUGCUCCUGCUCCGCGUCCCCGGCUCUCGAAAUGAAGAGAUGGACAACUCCAACAGUACUGUACCCAUUAAUGCAACUUCAGGCCAUAAGUUACAAGGCAAUGACAGCCUCCCUGUUACAUCAUCCACACACCCUACAACAUCUACAGUAGGUAUGACCACCAGUCCUACUCACCUGACCAAUACCAGUCAGCCCACCAACACUGCUGUGUCUGUCACCUUCACAUCUCACAACCAGACAACAGGACCCACCACAGCUUCAUCAGUCACAUCCCAACCCAAUAUCCCAGUGGUGACCACGUCCAAGAUUUCUUUCACUUCUAUAACAGCUACAUCUAAAUCUGAGGCUGCUGGAGCCAAAACCUCUAGAUUUGAUGUGGGCAGUUUUGUAGGUGGCAUUGUGCUGACACUUGGAGUCCUAGUUGUUCUCUACAUUGGGUGCAAAACCUAUCACUCUAGAAGAGGCAUUCAGUACAGAACCAUUGAUGAACAUGAUGCCAUCAUUUAGAGAGACUUCAGGGAAGACUGGUGGAAACUCACCCUGUCUAUCACAGCUGUUGUAAAGUACUUCUGAAAGAGUGCCUUUCAUAAAGAUGAUCCCAGCCUCUAAGCCUUUCUUGGGUGUGAUCCUGCAGAACUCUUUAAACAUCCUGAUUUCUUUUGCACUGGCUUUCAAAAGAAGAGGAACUCAGCACCUUGUAGAGACAGUAUUUUGUUUUUCCAGGAUUGAUAACCAAAUGUAAAGAAACACAAAUACUGAGUCAUUUUAAGGUACACACACAAGUCUCUGGAGUGGGUAAUGACUAGCACAGUGAAUCACAUCACUGCAAUUCUAAGUUCUGUUAUUUCUCACAUACUGCAUAAAUCCAGUAUGUGCCAUAAUGGAUAUAGUAGGUUAACUAGGAGACCUUUGAGACCAGGCAUAGGGUUUUGCAAGUAAGUUUUUGUUGGGUAGUAU